AAAGGUGUGCAAUAUAUAACUGAUUGAAAAAAGGCGGUAAAAUUUCCUAGUAUGAGAAAUUUAAAUAUAAAAAUAAGCACCCCAGAAAAUGGAAAUGACUAAUGCUCCGUCGUCCGUCAUUCAAGAAAGAUGGCGGCGUCUAAUGAGCCUUCCGACGAAAUUUUAACUCAUCACUUUGUUCACGUAAAUGAUUGCCUUGAUCCUGUACAAAUUAAACUCGAAAAUCUAGAUGAAUUAAAUAACUUGGAAAUAAAUUUAGGUAUAAAAUGUCGAGGAUGUUUUACCGAAGACCCAGAAAUGCAUUAUAUGUUUACUGUCAUCGAUGAGAAAUUCAAUUUGGCUGAUAUUUUAGGCCAAACGACAUCAUAUAUUAUAAAAGAAGGUGAUGGAUUCCCUCCAUACCUAUGUACAAAAUGUACAAACUGUUUGGUGGAUUUUUAUAAUUUUAAAAUACAGUUUGAGAAAACCAACCUUUAUAUUCGUACAUUAUUAUGUAAACCUACUGAGAUAUGUUCGCCGCUUAAUAAUAUUCAGUCUGAAAGUGAAAUAUAUGCAGAAUCAGAUAUCGAGUCAAAUUAUAAAAAAGUGGAUAGAACUAAUGAAAUAUCAAUACCAGAUAUAACUGAAAUUCAGGGACAAGUUACUUCAUUUUGUAACGCUUGUAAUUUGGAAUUUAAAACUAGAGAUGAAUAUGAUACGCAUAUGGCAAGAGAACAUGGAGAAAAUCCUUUUGAAAAGUAUGCCUUAUUUAGAAAAUUAUUUGAGAAGAAUAGGAUGGCACAAAUGAAAGAACAAAAAAAAUUAAAACAUGCCAGGGUAGACAGAGAAGAAAUUAAAUUAUUUCAGAUGCCUGGAAGAUUGUGUAGAUUGUGUCAAAGGAAGUUUCCAGAGGAAGAAUUUAGAGCUCAUUGGGAAAAACACAAGAACCAAAUUUGUGAACAUUGUGGCCACAAAUUUGUAAAAAAAUCAGACUUAGACGUUCACAAACAAAGUGUUCAUAGCACUGAGAGAAAUUUUGAAUGUCAAAUAUGCAACAAAAGAUUUAAAACGAAACAGUUACUUAAUAGGCAUGGUGUUGUUCAUACCAAUCCACGGUCUCAUGUUUGCCAUCAGUGCGGCGAUAGAUUCAACGAUCGCUCUACCUUAAACACCCAUAUUCAGUUGAAACACAUAAGAAGUCGCGAUUUUGUGUGUUCCAUUUGUGGUUUGGCUUUUCCAAUGAAACCAACUCUGGAAAAGCAUAUUCUUAGGCACAAUAAAGAGAGACCGCCCACUUUCUUUUGCAGUUUGUGUAAUGCAGGGUUUAAAGACAAAUCAUCGUUAAAAAGGCACCAUUUGAUGAAGCACACUGAUAACUACGAAAGACCUCAGUGCCAUUUCUGUGAAAAGAGAUAUUCUUCAAAUGCAAAAUUGAGAUUUCACAUCGAAAGACAUCAUAGUGGUGUUAAAUAUGAGAGGAAAAAGAAAAAAGGGUCUAUAAAGUUAGAAAUAAAAAGGCCAUAUUUUGUUGGAAUUUCUAAAAAUGAGGAUACUAGUAGUAGUGGGAACGAGUGUAAUGAAAAUAUGGAUGUAGUUCAAAAUUUGUUUUCAGAGUAUAGUUAUCCUGCCCAAAGAACUGACCAUUUUAUGAGGAACGACCAAAUAGAAAAGGGAAUUAUGUUAGAAUCAGAUUAGUGUGAUAUUUGUAUAUAAUAAUUAUAUUGUUAACCAUUUUUGAAAUAUAUAAUUGAGGUUACCAAUUCACUAA